CAUAAAUUUGACGUAGCAUAAUUUUAUUUAGCUCUGCCCUUCCCGUGAGCCUCCCCGUGAUCGGUGGCGUGCGUGAUCACCUUCUGCAUAAGUUAGUAUGUAUUUCCGUAUCACAUGACUUAAUGACGAUGAAGUUAAACGUCAUGGUCUUCCGGUUAGCAGCCAUUAAUGUUGUUGAGUUAUGUUUAUGCACGGUGUCCUUACGUUGAUCGUAACAUCCUCAUUCUGAUUCCUGCUGACGAACCAUUUGUAUCUUCGAUCGGCCACUGAAAGCUGUAGUUGGUUGGCACUUAAUCCGUGUUAAACGUCCUAAGCCGGUAAGUACACCAUACUACCUUUGCUAAUGAUCAGUACCGAUAACUUAGCCGCCAAAUAUAUUUGAGUCACGGUGAGUCAACGGAAAUUUACAGAUUGGUUACCCUAUUUGAUCGCUGCAGACUGCUGUCAUGAGUUGUACUCUUGUUUAAGUCACAUGGAAUCCAAAUCAAACGAAUCGGCCUCUAAAAUACCUUAUUAUCUCGACGGAGGCAGCUUUUGCAAUCUCAGCACUCAAAAAUAUCCCGUAAUAAUUUUGUGGUCAUGUUAGUGUGUAUUUUUAUGCAUUUUUGUUACAACUAAUUUUUUAAAGAUACACAAUGAUAAACGUCAUUUCUUGGUGAAUGUAUUUGUAUCUAGUAGUAAUUCUCGCUAUACUUGCCUCCGCUUUCUGGUGAUAUGAAGUUUUCAUUAUAGAAAUGAUUUAUCAAGGUUGAGGGAGAUUAAUUUCUCAAUUUGCAUGUAGUUUACGAUAACAUGUUGUUUAAAAAAAAAUAAGGCGCUCAGCUUUAGAAGAGUUAUGGAGAUGGAUUUGGGUAAUUUUGGCGGCCAUGAGGUUUUUAAUAGCUUUGGAGGUCGAACAAACCAUCAAACGUCCAAAGCUACAUGUAGAUCACUUGUCUUAAGAACAUUUGUAUUACUCACACUGUUGAUUAGUCAGUAAUUACAUAGGUACCCAGUCACCUUGCCAUCAGGAAGACUGGCCACCAGUGAGCUUGGCACCAAAGUGUAAAACUUGUGCUUUUAAGUGGCCAGAUCCAAUUGUCUCACUGAGUUUAAAAUAACUACAAAAACCAGUAAGUCAGGGUAUUUUAAAACAUACCAGUUUUUUGAUAAAGCUCAAAUCAAAGCAGUCAAUCAACAGAAUAUCUAUAAUUGAUCAACUUUGUGUUAAAUUGUUGAUCUUGCCACCAAAGUGUGUUACCUCACCACCAGACACUCAUCCAGUGGUGAUUGUUGUAAUUGUAUUAAGGCAGCUCCACAGGGUUUUUGUUCAACGUUAGUGUGUGUGCCAGUGCAUUGUUUUUCUAAGAAAUUUUUUUAUGUUUUCACUUUUUUAUGUCAUUAAAAGCCAUCUAAAGGCAGUGGGCAAGGAUUGGACUAUUGUUUGCUGCAGUAUAUAUUAAGAAAAUUAUUUUCAUUAUUAAGCUCAGGUUCCACAAAGGGAGGCAGUUGCCUUUGAUUUUCUUCAAUUUUCUUCGGUGAAAUCUCUCAAAAUUUUCACAAGUUGUGAAAAUUGUCCUGACAAUCAUUUAAAAGCUGAAAAAAAAUAGGGUUAGAAAAGCAAUUUUCUUGCUAUUUGCAGUUUUGUGUUUUCUUUCUCUAUCUCAAAUUUGGUGGUAUGAAUUUUUUUUACUGACAGGCACUAGGAAAGACACAAAUAUGCUUAAUGGUCCAGCAAAUCUUAGGAAAUUUCACUGAAGGAAAUGUGACAAAUUUUACUUGAAAGAUUCCUAUUUUCUUUGUCGCAAAACAUUGUGUAAUAGAAUGGAAAUUUGCCAAGAUUGGUAUCUUAGCAUGCGUAGACUUUUGAAUCAUGGAUCAUGCAUAUUCAUUUGGUAUGUUUAUUUUGGACUUGCAAAAUUCUUGGACACAGGCAGUACUGGAUAUUGGUGGCCCUAUAUUCUUUAGUUUUUCCAUGAAAGAUAAUAAGGUACAUACCUUUAAGCGAUUCAUUGCGAGGAAUCCUUGCAAGCCUCAUUGAAACGCUGCAGUAUGGCAAAUAUAAUUCUCAUAGUGCAUGUCACUCAGGUUAUUAUUGUUGUAAAAAUAAAAACUAUUCAUAUUUGCCACGCUUACAAAAUAAACAUUCCUUGAGGCCUUGUGCAAAUGUUUAUAUGUCAACGACGCGAGUUCCUUGUAGAUCCUUAGCUGCCGUCUUUUGGUGGAAAUCAGAGCCACUUUUGAGACCUAAACUUUGUGAUUGAUCAAAACAAUAAUUUUUAUCUUCCUAAGAUGGAAAAAAACCAAACAUCCUGAACAUUGUAGGUUACUUACCCAAAAUAACCUUAGAGCCUGUUUUGUAGGUGGUUCCUUUUCCUCGCAGCCAUCUUUGUAAUUCAAGUUUCAAUGACCAAAUUUUGUAGCAUUUACUUGAUGAUUUGCUCGUUGUUUUCUUAAUUUUUGAGAUCUUCUUGAAGCAACUGAAUGUGCAGCGAGUGUUGUAUUGGCCUUUUUCAGGUUUAAAAGGCCUAGAAAUAUGUUGGGUGUUGUUGCUGGAAUUCCCAGAGUCCAUAAUGUGGAUAUAUGUCUUUUACACACCUCUUUUGAUAGAUAUUGUGUGAUCGUAUUGAGCUGCCAUAUUUGUUUUGCUUGGUGAUAUUUAUAUUGCUGGCGCCAUGUCUGGGUCCAGAUCUCGCAUGGUCAAAAAACUCUAUGGAGCCACCUUAAGUAUAGCCAUUAAAUGUAUGAUUAAAUAACUAUAUGUUUGCUUAAGCUCUAGCUUAUUGCUUGUGGUUGUUAUGGGUAAAAAACUUAACAAGAUUUCCUUGAGAGCUUUUAAAGCACUUGUUUUGUAGACAAAAAUAAAUGUGUGGGAUUGAAACCAUUUCUUGUCGAUCUUGCCAUUUGGUUUUUUUGAAUAAAAAGUUACAAUCAAUUUGGUUUACUUUUUCUUUGAUGAACAUUUUAAAUAUUUACAGGCUUGACUUUGUUGUUCAAUGAUCUGUUUGAUAUUUCUUUGAUUGGAUCAGAUUGGUAGCAUUUCAAUUGUUAUGUACAUUUAACUCAUUUUCUGCCAUCUUGAAAAACUAUCAAGCUUUCAGCUUGGCUCUGCGGUAUUGCUCAUGGCAUUCUUAUGGUGAUGCUCACAAGACUCAAGAUCAAACUUAAGAGUUGCUGAAAGCUUUUAAUUUUUUCCUAAUUAGCCAGUGAGCUUGGUGGCAAAUUUACUGGUGGUGAGACUUCCACUCAGUAAGAUAACUGGAAAGCAUGAAAUAAUAUUUAAUUUCCAUUCUCUUGUGAAAAGAUAUGAUAUAGAAACAGUUAGGGUUCGUUAUUGGAACAAAGUCUAAAUUGGGCAGCAGAUUUUUAUGAUCAAUGGAAUCUGAAAGUUUGUCAGGGAGGGGGGGUUUGAGGUAAUUAGAUCUUUAUUGCUAAAACAAGCCCUUUUGACAGUUUUGCAAAAACUUUGCUGCUUAGGUAAUAUUUUCUGUUUCACUCCCAUGAGUGACCAAGACAGAAUUUCUUCUUACAAUAUCAAUACAAUAUCAAGCAGGCAAGUAAUGAGAAUAAAGAAAAAUAUCAAUUAAGGGAUUAUAAGUUGAUCCAAAACCAAAUUCUCCAAACUAACAUUUUGAGAACUGUAUGGCAGACAGUAAGGAGAAUUGCUUCUGAGAUCAUGGGAGUGAAAGGGUUAAGAUUGUUGAGAGCGCAGUUUGGAUGAGCAGGGUUAAACUUUGUUUUUUAAAAUAACAGCCCCUAGUAUCCAAAUUUAUUUCUCUUUUCAUGCAUACCAUUUGUAACAGAUGGUAAUUUAUAACAAUUGCACUUUUGUCUAUCUUUUUGGAUUGGUUUGCUUGUUUUGCUUGGCUGGUUCAAAGGAAGCAUUGAAGGUGUGGAUUUUCAAUAGCAUUUUAUAGCUGGUGUCCUAGUGGUUACCUAAAGGAUGUGUGCCAAUGCAGAUGUCUAAAAUCUGGACAACAUCAAAUAUUUUUAGGGUUUUUUUUCUUAUUCACUCAACCAUUUUUUUCAGCUAAAGGAAGGACCUGGGUUUAUUAAAUACUACACUAUGAAGUUUCUUAAAGAGAUGCUCAUCCAUAUGACUGGUUGAUAUUUUAUAUUUUUUUAAUUUACUUCUGAUUUCACUGAGCACACUAUCAUGAAAUUGGAUAGUGUGUGUUGAUUUUGUUCCUUAUUUUUGUCUGAAAUAUCGAGUAAUUCCAUAUCAAACAAUUCUACCUGGCACUGAGGAAUGACUUCUGCAUCUAAAGAGAUAAAUACAAUGAAAUAUACUCACCUCUGUUAAAUCUCUGAGAGUGACAUGUAAUGAAAGGAAGAGACAUUGUAGUUACCCAUAAGAAACUGCUCAAUAUGACCAAGCUUACCUAGUUUUUUUUCAAAUCAGGAUAAUUUAGCCCACUAUACACAGAUAUUUUCCUUUCUUAAAAUUUUUUCAUCAAUUCCACAUAUAUAUAUAUAUGCUUAUAUGCAGGGACUACUGUUAUUUCUCCUUGGGAUUCUGGCAUCUGGGUCAGAAACCUUUCAGGGGCAUUAAGGAAUGAUUUUCCAACUAUGGUAGCCUACCACUGCCUUCUAGGAAUGCAAUCUAAUGCCCCUAGGCAUUAGGGGUUGGGUUGAAAGUUAUCUAUGUGGGUGAUAAAUUUACCCCCAUCUUUUGGGGAUAUUUAAGAUGAAGACCACCACGCAUUCUGUGAAAUUGUUUAAAUUCCUGGAAUCUGUUUUUGAUCUUCAUAGUCCCCCUCCCUUACUUACUUGGAAGUAAUUUUUGUCUCUCCUGUUCUGGAAGCAUGCUGUUAUGGGGCUUGCUUGCAGCCCGCUCCUCGGUAUUGCUGUGAGAGUGGGGAAGCUUGUAGGUUUCCAUGUUACGGCAAUGCAAGAGCGUGCAAGGUCCUUAAGGGUUCUGGCUGGGAAAUGAACCCCCCCCCAAAGACCUAUGCCACACUGGCUUUGCUUGCUCAAAGACUUCAUGUCACUUGUGCAGAUGUCACUCUUUACGGUGGCCAAUUUACGUUAUCAACUCAGUUGAUAAUACUAAAAUACCCUGUUAUACUCUCCCACUGACACGGUACUAAAGUUUUUGUAGAACAUUACCCCCUUUAUUCAUCAGCACCAUUAAGAGGUUGCAGGCAGGCUCACAGGUAUUAGCCCAAAACUUAAACAAAAGACAAACUCAAGGUUAGGAUCUUUGAGUCUGGCCAUUUUAUUGCUCUGCUUUCAGUCAGUAUUUUUGCUCUGUUGCGCAGUGGAACAUGGCAUGUUUUGCCCAUUCCAUUUCCUUAUUACGGUAAAAUUGCAUAAUUUUGAACAAAUUGUGGUAAUACUUACAUUACAUUUUGUCCAGUUUGUUGCGUAUAGUUUACUUCAGUCAUUUGUCUUCAUUUAUGAAGCCGUGAUUAUUGUAAUCAUCUCUACAAUUGACAAACAAUACUAAUCAAAGAAGAUGUUAUGUGGUGAAUGACACAAGCGUACUCGGAGUAAAAGAACUACAAGUGCUUCCAAUAGGAGUGAAACAUACGACCUUCCGAUGAGUACUUUGAAUGCUCUACCACUGAGCUAUAGGAGACUCGUGACAGGCUUGGCCAUUAAGCUAGGCCCAUGGUGACAAACUUCCGAACUACUAAUCGAAAGGUUGUCGGGUCGACCCCUAUUGACAUCUCUCGGAGUUAUUAUUUUUUCCGAGUAUGCUUGUGCCAUUCACUAAAUAACAUCAUCUUUCAUUUAAACAGUAGGCUUAAAUAGUAAAACUCACCAUCUUAAUAAAAAUCAAUUUUUUUUUUGGAAAUGGGAAAGUUCUUCUGUCAGUACGAUAAUUUUGUGAAACAAUUUGAAAAGAAAUUCUCGUUGUUUAAUCUCUUCACAAUAAUUUAGUUUAGCAUGUUUGAGAGAUCUCUAUAUAGCAGAUUUAUAGAAUCUACAGAGAAAGUGUUUAUGUAAGAUCUGACUAUGAAUUGGACUGCAUUGUGUUACUGUGGAAUACAAGAAAUUGUGAACACCGGAAACAUUUCUCUAAUAUUUUUGUGUCAAGGAAAAUAAGCCAAUCGCGUGAAAAAUCGUGACUGUCCGGUGUGUAAAUGCUAAUAAAGUUGUUCUUUUGCAGUUUUCAGAGGUGUCUGUUGGUAUAACCGAGACUUAUUGCCACCCUUCGUUGCGAGAUUGAUGGUUAACUAUCUUCACGGCCAGCAUUGAGAGAAUUUACGAGUUCAUUGCUAGUAAACUUAGAAAAAGACAAGCAGAAUUCGAAUGUAAACCCAUCUCCAUCAGGUAAUCUUUUGCAUCUAAAACUUCCGUGAACUGUUUUGCAUUUCUUAAAUGACACGAAACCUUCGUUCUCUCCUCUUGAAGGAGAAAGUAGUGGAAUUUUUAACCCCUUAGGUAACUGGCCUAGGAGGUCGUUCCUACCAAUUGUCUCAGGUUAGAAUUUGUUUAGUAAUAUUGUUUCUUUUUCAGUCAAAACCAUUCACUAUAUGUGUUCUAUUCUCAUCUUUUGACUCUUGUAAUUUCGUCUUUCUAUAUAAAGAAAGUGAACUUGUAAGGCCGUUUGUCGCGGAGACUCUACGACUCUGAGUCAGAGACUGGGAUUAGUCGUGGAGACUGGGGCAGUUUAAGGCUUAGCAUCUCAGAGACGAAUUUGGAACUUGAAGGAACGACAAAAAGUCUUUUUUAGAGACUUGAACGAACCUUUUGCCUAGUGAUUAAUUCACAACACGGUUUUCUCAUCCUGGGCACCAACGUUUUCUAUUUUCAACCUAACAUUUAAAUCUAAAUUCAACUUCCUCACUUGUGAUAUCUUCAAGCCUCUAUAACUCUUUUUUUCAGAUUAUCAUGUCGUUGUAAUGAAAAACGUUUGUUGUCAGUUACAUAGAUAACUACCAUUUAUGGAACCAUUGAUAACCUCAAGCUGGCGAAGAACCAACAUGGAAACCAUAUUAAGUUAACCACAGCAAGGAAACGUCUUUCAGGAUUGUGCGCUGGAGAUUCCUUUGAAGAAGGGUGGCCCUAAGCAUGACUGACCUAGCAACCUCUUACAGUAUCAUGGGAACCGUAUCUGGGUUCCUUGGUGAUGUUCAGCAAGCGAAGGACAAUCGUGUUCGUGAGCUGGAUUUCCGUUUGAAGAAUUUAGGACCUGAGCAUGUUGACGUGGCAGGUUCUUACCGUGGCUUGGGGAACGCAUUUUAUGACUGUGGUGAAUUUCAACAAGCAAAGAAAUGUUAUAGUCGUGCGCUUGAUAUUCUUUUGAAGAAUUUAGGACCUGAGCAUGUUGGCAUGACAGGUUCUUACAAUGACUUGGGGACCGCAUGUGGUGCCCUUGGUGAAUUGCAGCAAGCAAAGGAGUAUCAUGGUCGUGCGCUGAAUAUUCUUUUGAAGAAUUUAGGACCUGAGAAUGUUGGCGUGGUAGGUUCUUACAAUGGCUUGGGGACCGCAUGUGGUGCCCUUGGUGAAUUUCAGGAAGCAAAGGACUAUCAUGGUCGUGCGCUGAAUAUUCUUUUGAAAAAUUUAGGACCUGAGAAUGUUGGCGUGGCAUGUUCUUACCAUGGCUUGGGGACCGCAUGUGGUGCUCUUGGUGAAUUGCAGCAAGCAAAGGACUAUUUUGGUCGUGCGCUGAAUAUUCUUUUGAAGAAUUUAGGACCUGAGAAUGUUGGCGUGGCAUGUUCUUACAAUUGCUUGGGGACCGCAUGUGGUGCCCUUGGUGAAUUGCAGCAAGCAAAGGACUAUCAUGGUCGUGCGCUGAAUAUUCUUUUAAAGAAUUUAGGAACUGAGCAUGUUGGCGUGGCAUGUUCUUACUCUGGCUUGGGGAACGUAUUUCUUGCCUGCGGUGAAUUUCAGGAAGCAAAGGACUAUCAUGGUCGUGCUCUAAAUAUUCAUUUGAAGAAUUUUGGACCUGAGCACGAUCUCGUGGCUUUUUCUUACAGUAACUUGGGGACCGUAUGUGGUUCCCUUGGUGAUCUUGCGCGAGCAAAGGAUAACUUUGAGCGUGCGCGUAACAUUCUUGCGAAGAGGUGGGGGCCUGAAAAUAUGAUUGUGGCAGAGUUGCACAGAAACCUGGCCUACAUCUAUGAUGUCAUUGGUAUCCCUAAGCAGGCAAAGGAUUGGAAUGAGCGAGUGCAAACCGUUCUUCGCCAAAAUGAUUGGGCUGAGAGAGCUGAUGUCCCUUCUUUGAGCAAGUUUCAGGCUGUGCACUCAGUCCCGCCUUUUAUUUUGGCCAGAGGAUCCAUCGCGAAGGCUGCUUAUCAGAGAGCUCUUGAAACGGGAAAAACAUUCGAUAAGCGGGCUAAAAUCUUGUUGAUUGGCCAAGACCGGGUUGGCAAAACUAGUGUGUUACGUUCUCUGAAAGGUGAACUAUUCCGACAAGAUGAAUCGAGCACAAUGGGAGUGCAAAUAGACAUGCCUCUGAAACAUGUUGGUGAAAAACCAUGGAAGAAUUCCAAAGAGGAACAAGAAAAAAGUACCUUCCAUUACAAAUGUGCUCUAAAUAUUAGUAACCAGUUAUUAACUGAACCACCAAACAAAAUUUACGUGGACUGCGAAGUUACGAAGCAAACAGAGACUGAUGAGACCCAGAGAACAGAGAGGAUGAUCGGUGAAAUAGGAUCAAACGUGGGUAUGUACCUCAUUACAAAAUGUUUAUUUGGUUUCUGUGUUGUUGAAAAACUUUACGCUAGUAAAUCACAGAGGUUGCACGUAACAUUACCUUUUACAAGGUGCUACUAAGACCGGAAGGGGACGUGAUAGGAGACAGGUUGUUGUUGGAGUUUUAAAAUUCAACACUUCGCACACAAGUAACGGCGAUUUUUUAAAAUGGGUUUUUACGUCGUUAUUUAACCCGUUUUCUCGGCUGGUCUGCAACGCAUCUUUGUUGACGGUUUAUCGAGUGAUACCAACAACAGCUUGGCAUGAGUUUCACUCCUGUAGAAAUGCUUCUAGAACAAUCUUUGAUCACAUCGUGUUAUUUGUAAAUAGGUAUGUAUGGCUAAGCUCACGACUUCAUCGUAACAAGGAAAACAACAGACCCUUACGGAAUUUUUUCGAGUAUUUUACAACUUUACUCGACACGCAAAAUUAUAAUCUUACGUUUUUAAACCUGAAAAAACAAGCCGUCAAAGUAAAGAAAAAGACAAAAAGGAAAAAAAAAAGGCAACGACAACCAUAGCACUGCAGCGAAAUAUUACUGGGUUAAAUGGAGUUAAUCAAAGCUAAUUUUUUUUUUCAGAAUUCUUCAAUGAGGUUGGACCGAAGAGCUCACCAAAGGUUUUUAAUACGUUUUAUUGUUCAUUUAUAUCUAAAGGUGAUAUUUAAGCUUUUUAUGAAUGGCCAACUUCCAUUCCAACUUUGCUAAUUGAAUUGACUUGUAUCUGUUUUCGGUUCAAUUCAGGGAAAGCAAGAUCAUGACAUAGAACCGAGGACUCGGGUGAACUCAGAUAAAAUUUCUCCGAUAACUCAAGGGGACAACGGGCAUAAUGAGAAGCGAAACAAUGACAUGCCUGAUGAAGUGGUGCGACUUACAACUGAAAACCUCUCGAGGAUAGAGUCAGUGAAGGAUGACGGCAUUUGGCCAGUUUGCAUGGAUUUUGGUGGUCAAGCCAUUUACCGUGCUAUUCAUCCUAUUCUCGCUUCGCGUGAAGCAGUUUAUCUGCUAGUGGUUGAUCCUACCAAAGAUCUUUCUGCUCCAGCCCAAUGUUUGGUGAAAGAGCCUGGUUACGACGAAGUUAAGAUUCCGUCUCCAGACAACAAUGACACAAACCUAGAUCACAUUAUGAGGUGGAUGGACAUGGUGAAUUCCUUCAAACACGAAAAGAACGGCGACGUAUUACCACCUGUCAUUUUGGUUGGAACACGCGCCGACCUUGUAAAAGGAGACCCCGAAAUCGUGACUACGAGUGUAAAGGACAUCAUCUGUGACACAGCAAGAGAAUUUAGUGAACACGUCAUCGGAAAAACAUUUGCAGUGAACAACACUCUUGCAGGUAAGGAACUAGAGGAAGAAGAUCCCCAAGUUUUUGCCUUACGGAAAGAGAUUCUGAAGGUUGCAGGUACCUUGCCACAUACGCAAGAUGAGGUUCCAUUGAGGUGGCUUCAAGUGGAAAAUGAAGUCAGUUAUCUAGCAAGCAGGGGGACAAACUAUGUCACUAGGCAAGACUUCCGAAAGAAUAUCUGUGACGAAAUUUGCAAAUUUGAGGUCGAGGGUGACUAUGAAGUACUUUUACAGUUUUUACACGAUCGUGGUUCAGUGGUUUAUCAUGGUAGGGCUGACGAUCCAGGUAGUCUGGUGUUUUUGAGUCCAAAGUGGUUGAUUGAUGUUUUGUGUCAGAUAAUAACGGUUGAAAAACAGAAAGAAGAGAAAACUGUCAUUUCAAAUCUCCGCAAAGAUCUUGGCAAGUACGGCAUUCUUGAUGCAAAACUGCUUGAUUACUCUUGCACAAAACUGGGCGUUGGCGACAUCAAGGAGUCUUUACUUUUUCUCAUGAAGAAGUUCAACCUUCUUUGUGAAUAUACAGGAAAAGAUGGCAGUUCCGUGUAUCUUGUUCCGUGCAUGCUGACCUCCACACCUGACGAUGAAUUUAUGCCGGACGUUUCUGCUAACCCAGGCCCUGCACCCGUUUAUGUCACAUUCACCACUCAGUACGUCCCAGGCGGUCUUUUUUCAAGAAUGGUUGUCCUUUUCCUCGAAUUUGUACAAAGACGAAUUGCCUGUGAUCAACCAAAGCUCUGGGCUAACUUUGCUCGUUUGUUUGUGGGAGAUCACACUGCAGUCGAUUUUGUUUGCUUCAAGCGUGUGAUCAAAGUACACGUUUGGAAUUACACCGAUCCAAGUAUGAACCCUGUUGUGACCGAGCCUAACGUUUGCUCAGAGGUCUUCAGGUAGGUGCACGUAAGUGAGUCAUUCUAUAAUUGGGUGGUAACUUUUACAUGAAUUAUCAGUUCGUGAAAUCGGAAGUAGUUUUUGAUGUUGUUCAUAACAUGAUACAUGUUAUAGUUACGAUGUUGUUUUAAAGGAGGCUGAAGUUAACCUCAUUUCUCUCAGGUAAACAUUGUGUACAUUACGUACUUUCCGGACCUUAACGUAUCCACGUGAAAGAUUUGUAAGAAAAUGUAUCAACCUCUUUGACAAAAGUCUCUCCCUCUCUUUUAGCUUUUUGAAGACAAGUUUGGAGAGGCUGCACGAGGAGUGUCAUUGGCUGCAAAAAGUAUCAUGGGAUCUCUGCGCUAGAUGCGAUUUGUGUCCACGCCAGUUUAUUCAUGGAACCGGAAAGUGUUAUUGGCAUGCGGAAGUAGAAUGUUCCCACGAUGAUUGUGCGCAUUAUGUUUCCUUGACAAGGAAGCCUUUCGUUUGCACGCGUACACAGGGUCCAAAGUUUUGUCCGCCCAAGACUUGGAGUCAGGUAAAGCCAGUUCAAGUUCAUUGCGAUCAGGUUUUCGUUGUAUUUAACCUGCGAAGGGGAUUCGAAUUAGGUUUGGUCAGACCUUGAUAUGGCACUGAGUGGCCUAAAGACUGGAAAUGAUAACAUUCAAAACGUCGAAGAAAUACGUUCCUUUUGUCUCCUAUUUGACGUUCCAGUUGAUCUCAGGACUCUCAGGACUUUGCUCGGAAGCAUUUUUGUCCCUAUAGUUGCCGGAUUUGCCCUUUGUAUGAUUAUUUGGAGAGUACUAACACUAUGAGUAAUUUAUUUGACUUUAGGUCUUGGACGAUGCCAAUGCUAAAAACCACAGUGGCCAGUCUUUACAAAGCUUUCCUCAGACUAAGGGUAACUAAUUAUAACUAAUUUUACUUGAAACGUGCGCAGAGUUUGAUUAAACUUUUUCUUGGUUGUCCUACGUUUGUCACAAAAACUCAACAUUUUCUGACCAAGAAAAAAAAUUUAUGUUUUCAUUGCCCCUGUCGUCAUUAGGACAAGCCAACGAAGUAAAUUGAUACCUUAUGGCCGACAAUGUUAAAUUGAACGCAACGAAACAAGCUCAUUUUUUCCGAAAAAUAAAAUAAUAUCUGGACUAAAAAAUGAAAUUAUAGCCUUGAGUGUUUUUCAAAACUCGCUAACUCCGUGGGCCACAUAUGUUUGCCUUUACCAGGCUCUCAAUCAGUGGGGAGGAGUGAAAGAGCUGGCGAGCGACAAACAGGUUGCGUUACCCCCACUCUUUUUGGGUGCUUGCUUUCUUUUUCUUCGUUUCCGUUAACCGUGGGACUUGCUAAGUAAUGUUGAAGAAUGAAACAGAAUUGAUGGUUUCUUUGUAUUCCUUAGGGGUCUCUUCUUUAGCGCGAUGCAGUUCUAUUCAUUUCGGAAAGCUAGUACUACCGUACCAGACUGCGCAAUCAAUGGUUCCUGCUAAGAUUGCUCGCACAGGUAACAAAUGUCACUUUUUAAGGUCGCGAUCUUACAGGUUACACAAUGUAAUAUUCAAAUGUCGAGAUCAUCGUAAUUGGUUCAGGCACUUCAGAGACUGAGUUCAAGCCGAAGAUCUCCGAAUCAGUGCCUCCCCUCGAGCACCCCUGCGAUCAGGUCAAAUUUAUUUAAAUGUCCAACCUCGAAUGAAAACCCCCCUAAUAUUUUAAGAAGCCCCUCCCUUCCUACCCCCCCUCCCCCACCUUGCUUAAAGAGUUCUUUUGUCUCCAUAGCUUUGAUUUCUUUCCAUUGUUUUCUCGUUUAACCAAGAUUCAACGCGGUCAAGUUUGAAUCCAAUCAUACACUUUUUAUUUGCAGAUUUCGAUAGACCAGAGACAAACCAAGGAGGGGAGACGUUCAUUCCCGAGGAAGUGUCUCUCGCAGGUAUGUUAAAUAUACUCUUAUCAAAUUCUGGUUUUUUCAUUCUUCUACUGCGCUCUUUUUAUGACAUUUUUUUCAAUACUCGUAGGAAAAAAAUUGAAAGAAGGCACUCUUCGUAGUGAUGAUCACCAGGGACUGUCGAACUCCAUCUCAAAAGACUGGAGGAAGCUUGGACGCCAGCUGGGUAUUCUUGAGGAAAACCUUGAUAAUAUUGAUGAAGGGAGACGUGAUUUGUAUGAGAAGGCUUAUCGAAUGUUACGGUUGUGGAAGGAAAAAAACGCUUCGAAUGCUACGUAUCGUGUUCUGUGCCAAGCAUUGUGCCAAGAGUGUUUAAAUCGAAGAGACUUAGCUGAAAGAUUUUGCUUUCGCUAAGUAUACUAUCCUCGGUAGAGGAAUAACUGAUAGUUAGGAAAUGGACUUCUUUCUCACCAUCGGAAGCUAUGUUUAUAACGUCGUGUAUGUAAUAAAGGGCUUUCAUUGACUUUACCAUGAUAAGCUGAAUUAUACACGCGCUUUGAUUACUUUUAAUCUAUUGAAGGAUUGAUGUAAAGAUGACGUCAUCAUUACAAGGAUAUGUUAUUUUAUUAUUGUACGAUGUAAAUUGAUUCCAUGUUGCCAUGGGUCUGUACAGUAAAAGAUCAAAGAAGACGUCAAUAUGUGGUAAGAACAUCAGUGACAAACUCAGCUACCAUAUCAUGACGUCAUCUGUCAUCUGUAACUUAUCAGACGCACAGCGAGUGAUUAUAAUUAGAAUUAUACGGAUGUUUUUCCAUUUAUUUGUAGCCUCAAAAUUUUCAAUAUCAUUUGCUCAAUAUAAUUUUCGAGCUUGAAAUGUAAAUCAAUGACAUUUAAAAAUAGAUGUUGUUUAUUAUUUAACCCGUGAAAAACUUCAUUGAUAAAUUUAAAUAUUGUAAACAUUGCGCAAUGUAAAUAUACGUAAAAGAGUUUCGAACCAUAUGGAAACAACUCAAUUUUGCUGUGUAGUAAAAUUUGUUAGUUAGCGACAACCAUUGGUUCAACGCAAGUAAAUGUAGUGGUGAAAGGUAUUAGGUAUAAUGCGCGUUGAUUAGUGUUGAAGCGCACGGAAAACUCUACAGUUUUUUCAAUAACAUUUUUAUAUUUACAAC